CCUCGUCUCAUCGUACCAGUACCGUCCCUGUCAUCCUCACCACUGACGUCGGCACACUUCCGGCAUCUCAGGAUGGAGUCGCACCACUCCACCUUCUCACCCCACGACGUCUUUGCGUCGACGUCAAAGGUGGAUCUCUCCCAGCUGCCUCUCCAGCUCUCUCCUCCCUCCCAGUCCGACCUCAGAGCUCACGUCCUCUCUCAUCCGCUACUUUCCACUCGUCUGCCCUCUUCAUCCGCAUUGGCGGCUCACAUCGAGGCGUUGCAAAAGCAGCUCACCAACGAUAGAGCUCAGCUGGAAGCAGCCAGAGACGCAGCCCGGAAAGAGCUUCUCACCACAAGUCAGAGCCUAGCAAAGAUCAGGCAAUCGCUUGAUAUCCUUCCUGCAGAGAUAGAAGACGUAGGCGAUGCCAUUGAUAGCAUAGCCAGGUCAUUGGGCGAGACCGAUGCCACACAGACGGGCGAUCUGCCGCUGCGGGCCACGCUCAAGAAGCACGAGGACGCCAUCACUUCCUUCCGUUCUGCCAGAGACUACUUUGCUAUCCUCGGCAAAGCACAGCAACUAUGGGAGGCAGCUCUGUCCACGUCAUCCUCAUCCUCUUCCAAGCCAUCGACUAUCGCUGGAGAUCCUCAAUUGGACGCACUUGCUGAGUUGUCCCACAUCUGUCAAUUCGCAGCGUCGCUCAGCCUCCCAUCUUCGCAGAGCCAAGCAUCUCAGCUACGAUUCUUGCCUUUCUUACAGUCGAAGCUGCAAGAAACGUACGCAACCCUGCUGGAUCGCAGAUCGAAAGCCUUGAGAGAUGCUCUUGCCAAGGCAGAAUGGCCGCCCCUUAGUGCUGAGCAGGCUCAGGCACAGGGCAAGAUGGUCAGGACACCAGAAAGCAUUUUGGAUAGCGUCGAGGUGCGGGCCGCAUGCACUGCCUUGGUCGCGCUACAAAUUGUAGGAGGAUCUCUGAAGCUGGCGCCACUACCGAGCUGCCUUCAGACAGAGCAGUCGGACCUGGCACAAGAAGGUACAAGGGGCCCCCACUUGCCAUCUCCUGGUGAGGAGUCGUACGUUCCACUCUUGGCAACUGCCCUCCUGGUAGAGCCAUACCUUCUUCGCUUCCGCUACCAUUUUGAUUCAUCGCGGUCCACCAAUCGCCUCGACAAGCCAGAGUGGUAUCUCGAUCACAUGCUCGCCCUCAUCAAGUCUCUCCUUCCCCUCUUUGCUGCAUCUUCUACGCUAGGAGCAGCAGUGAAAUUGAAUGGAGCAGCACUUCGACGGUACGGCAAGCACGCUACCCAGCCCGAGGCCGAUCUGAUUCACGUCCUGCUCGCCCCCCUCAAGAGCAAGGUGGAAGCCUCUGUUCCCCUCUUGCUGGCUCAGGGCGAGAGCACAGCCAUCUUCACCCACACGAUCUCGGCAUUGACGACUUUCGAUGCUGAUCUGCAAGAACUAUUGGGUGACGUCGGUCUCCCUUAUCUCAAGCCAAUUCGGAUGGCAGAGGAUAUCCUGACCAAGGAAGAAUGGUUCACUUCUUGGGUACAAGGCGAGAAGAUUAACGCAGAAGAGGCCCUAGACUCGUUCCUCGAAGAUGGUGAUGCCUGGACAAUAUCGACGGGUGAUUCACUGGAGACUUCCGCUGACGGCGGCUCGGAGCCAGCCAGAGCGGAAAGUGUCUCUGCCCGAGAGUCGAAGUCAACACUUUCCUCACGCUCUCUCGUACUGCUGCUGCAGUCCCUCACCAACACGUAUACCCCCUUGCCGCUGCUUUCCCACCGGCUGCAAUUCUUGGCGCUGAUCCAGCUCCCACUGCUGCGAUCGUACGCUCAGCGUCUAACACGCUCUCUUGAAGCAUUCGAGUCUCUCUCAUCGGCCUUCGCUCGCGCCAUACCGGGAGGUAUCGAGCACACCUCCUCCGGUGCCCUGGUCAACACCGAGACGGAUAUGGUCAGGGGUCUGCGUGGACUCAAUCGACUGCUCAAGGCGUACCUCAGUGCGCUUCACGUCCGGGAAGAGGUGGGGAAGUGGAAAGAGUCGAGCUUCUUCCUUGAUAUGAGCGAGGGUGUCCUGAGCAGUGAAGCUGGGAUGAAGCUGCUGCUUGGUAAAAGAGAAGAAGCCGAGUGGAGCGAGCUGGACGGAGAAUCCCUUGGUGGCCUGAUCCGCAAGGGCCUUCGAGGAAGCAGCAGUGCCGCUAGACAAGAUCGUUCCGCUGGGAAGCCUGCGGUGGCUGUCUCGAGCGUCUGGGACGAGGUGAUUGAGAGGUACGAGGAGAUCUUGGAGCGAGCCAGCGGAGGCAUGAAGAAGCUUGUGGUAGCAGAGGUUGCGGAGAACCUGAAGGGCUAUGCACAAAUGUCAUGGACUGAUAACACUUCGCCUCUGGACAAUCAAGGAGAUGACGCGACUUCCAUUCCAACGCCGCUCCUCCUGCCUGCUUUGACCACUCUGCACACGCAUCUCUCGCACCUGCUCAACAAUCUGCCGACCACGAGGUGUAUACCGGCCUAUCGAGCUAUAGCUAGCGAACUGUCUUCGCAGAUUGUGCAGAGGGUCGUCAUAGCUGGCGGCUCCAAGCGCUUUUCCCUCGCAGGGGCACAUCGUUUCCUCCUCGACUAUGAGGAAGGUUGGCUCUCCGUUCUCUCGCAAUUGCAACGCCAGGCAACAGCUUCAGGGCCCACAUCGACGAGACUUCGUGUAGAAUUGACCGGGCUGGGAUAUACGCCUUCGGCGCCCUGGAGACAAGUGCGCGAUGUGGCCCUUCUUCUUUCGCUCCCUACAGAGGCGAGCGCAGCCGCCACUGCGCCCGCCACUGCGCCCGCCACUGCUUCCUCUGAAGCGGGAACAGAAUCCGGGGCAUCACAGCGCUGGUACGACUGGACUCUCUCUCGUGCAGUGGGAGUCUUGUUCGAGGAAGACGCACUCAGGGGAAGGGUCGGGGAGGAGAAGCUCCGUCGAGACUUGAGGCUGGCGAGCUGGGAUGAGGUGGGGAGGGAGAAGCUGCGCGCGGUAUUGAGACGGAGGGUUGAUUGUGCAAGGUAGAGGUGGGGCGGUACAACAGAGGAACCAUGUACUCUACGCCGCUGAAGGCUUGCUACAGUGCCAAAGCCGGGCUUCUUUAGCAUUCGUGACUCGACAUCCUCCUUGGGCGUCUAGUCGACUGUAGACUUGGGCUGCUUGAAACGUCCGUGCGGG